AUGAGCAUGAUCGACGUGCUGAUACGGGUGGACGCCAUCUGCCAGAAGUACGACAGGUACGACACCGACAAGCACCGGAACGACGCCGCCGACCCCUUCUCGCGGCUGUACGCGGACAUGGACGCCGCGAUCGACGAGGCCAUCGAGAAAUCGGAGAGGGCCGCGAGCGAGAAGAACCGGGCGGCGGCGGUGACCCUCAACGCCGGCGUGCGGCGCGCCAAGGCCCGACUCAUGGAGGAUUUGGUCAAGCUCCAGAAGCUAGCCGUCAAGAAGGUGAAAGGGCUCUCGCGGGACGAGAUGGCGCUACGGCCUGAUCUGGUCGCAGCACUGCAUCACAGGAUCCAAUCGAUCCCCGACGGCGGUAGCGGCGGCGCGGAGGAUCAAAAUGCUGGCGGGAACGCUCGGCCCGGGAUCAAGUUCGAUUCUUCAGCUGAAACUCUCGAUGAGGGCUACUUCCAGACCAGCGAAGAAUCAGAGCAGUUCAGAAGAGAAUAUGAGAUGCGCCGAAUCAAACAGGAUGAAGGGCUGGACUUCAUUUCUGAAGGCCUGGACACACUGAAAAAUCUGGCAGAGGACAUGAGUGAGGAACUGGACAGACAGGUCCCUUUGAUGGAUGAAAUUGACAGAAAGGUGGAUAAAGCUAGUUCAGAGCUAAGAAAGACCAAUGUCAGGCUUAAAGAAACAGUCAACGAGUUUCGUUCGACUAGGAACUUCACAGUCGAUAUCAUAUUGAUCUGCAUCAUUCUGGGCAUUGGUGCAUACCUCUACAACGUACUCAACCAGUGAAUCUUCGAGACAUGGCAGGCACCCACCUGUUCAGGAAAAAUAUGCUCCAAGAUUGUACUCCCUCCGUUUCAUAAUUUUUGUUCAAAUAUUAUAUGUAUCUACACAUCUUUUAAGAAUAAAU